GAAUAAUAAUGAAAAUUAGAAACAAAUUUUCUAAAUUUAUAAACACCACAAAACGAAAUAUACAUGUACAUCUGAAAUAAUGGAAUCCUACACGAACGCGUUAUUCUAUGUCAUUGAAAACCGCUAUUAAUAAUGUAAUACCUAAAACGUAAGCGCGACCCUCACAUGUACAAAUGUCUCCAUAAUAUCGAAAAACAAUGUCUUUUAGGACAUGCACACAUGGGGUUGAAAUAUAUUUAUGAUUAAAAUGUCGUCCUACAAAACUGUGACCACAUACAAUGUUCUAAUUCUGAAUAACAACACACCUGGUAACUAACGUUUUCACUCGUUACCACACUAUGAAAUCCGAUCAGAUUCCAUGUGGAAUAUAUUGAAAUAUAAAAUAAUAUUAUUUAAAAUAUGGUCGCCAUAUUGAAAUUGAAAAAGGUCGAAAUAAACACUAGUAUAUACAUUAAAAUAACAAAUUACUGCUCUAUAAAUUUUGAAAUAAAUAAUGCAGUAUAUUUUAUGAUGUAUGCAAUUUGUAAUAACCUUGAAACACGCUGAUUACUGAUGUUGUUUCAGCUGUACUGCCACCCUGACGAAGUGUGUCGGAUUUACCCUCAGUGGUGUAAGAAACCACCGUGUCCUAGGAAACCAACGUGCAUCUAUCCACGUAGCAAGCCUGGAUAUUGCCCCAUGACCAUAAUACCGUUUCCCGGAAUGUUUGGACCUAAAUGUGACUUUGACUACGAUUGUCCGGGCAGGAUGGUGUGCUGCGGACACCCGGAGAGCCGGUGCAUCAUACCGUACAAGUCCUCUGGGCAGUGUCCGCGGAGUGAGCCGACCACCAAGUGCGGCCCGCGGUGUACGGACGACUUCGACUGCGGUAGAGGACUGAUCUGCUGUAACUUCAAGCAGUGUGUCGGUAAAGUCUGCUCCUGGCCCAGGGUACUCGACCGCAAGGAGAUGGCCGACUUCAUUUAGACACUCACAGCGCCACCUGGUUGUCGGCGCAUGUCAGAUAUUAAACGUACUACACACUUUGUAUCACUACGUCUGUUAUCGGUAUUAAAUAUGAACAAGCAAUUAAACAGUAUUGGUGACA